AUGGCUAUCUCAAAAGUUUUUGCUCGUUACGUUUACGACUCUCGUGGAAACCCAACUGUCGAAGUUGAACUCACAACUGAAAAUGGUGUCUUCAGAUCAAUUGUUCCAUCUGGUGCUUCCACUGGUAUCCAUGAAGCUUUAGAAUUAAGAGAUGGCGAUAAAUCCAAAUGGUUAGGAAAGGGUGUCUUAAAGGCUGUUGCAAAUGUCAAUGAUGUCUUAGCACCUGCUAUCCUUGAAAAGGCCUCUGAAUUAAAUGUCAAAGACCAAAAGGCCUUUGAUCAAUUCUUAAACUCCUUAGAUGGUACCCCAAAUAAAUCAAAAUUAGGUGCCAAUGCCAUCUUGGGUAUCUCUUUAGCUGUCGCCAAAGCUGCUGCUGCUGAAAAAAAAGUCCCAUUGUACCAACACUUACAUGACUUGGCUGGUUCCCCAGAGCCUUUCGUAUUACCAGUUCCAUUCAUGAACGUUCUUAAUGGUGGUUCUCAUGCUGGUGGUGCUUUAGCCUUCCAAGAAUUCAUGAUUGCUCCAUUAGAUGUUCCAACCUUCUCUGAAGCCCUUAGAGUUGGUUCUGAAGUCUACCACACUUUAAAAUCUUUAGCCAAAAAGGAAUAUGGUCAAUCUGCCGGUAAUGUUGGUGAUGAAGGUGGCGUUGCCCCAGAUAUCCAAACUCCAAAGGAAGCCUUGGACUUGAUUGUCUCUGCCAUUGAAAAAGCUGGUUACACAGGUAAAGUUGGUAUUGCUUUAGAUGUUGCCUCCUCUGAGUUCUACCACGACAACAAAUAUGAUUUAGAUUACAAGAACCCAGCUUCUGACCCAUCAAAAUGGUUGUCUGGUGAAGAAUUGGCUCAAUUAUACGCUGAUUUAUUGAAAGAAUAUCCAAUUGUCUCAAUUGAAGAUCCAUUUGCUGAAGAUGACUGGGAUGCCUGGGUCCACUUUGCUCAAAAAGUCGACAUUCAAAUUGUUGGUGAUGAUUUGACUGUUACCAACCCAAUUCGUAUUUCAACUGCCAUUGAAAAGAAAGCUGCCAACGCUUUGCUAUUAAAAGUUAACCAAAUUGGUUCGUUAUCUGAAUCCAUCCAAGCUGCUAAGGACUCUUAUGCUGCUGGAUGGGGUGUUAUGGUUUCUCACAGAUCUGGUGAAACUGAAGAUACUUUUAUUGCUGAUUUAUCUGUCGGUUUAAGAGCUGGUCAAAUCAAAACUGGUGCUCCAGCUAGAUCUGAAAGAUUGGCCAAAUUGAACCAAAUCAAGAGGAUCGAAGAAGCUUUAGGUGACAAAGCUAUUUACGCUGGCAGAGAUUUCCAUAAAUCAGUUGCCAUUUAA